AUGUAUUCCACUCAAGUAUGUUCACCGUCACCAAAAGUAAUUGGCCGAACCGUCCUUCGUGUCCUUCAUGAUAUCCACGACGCCGAUCAUCGCGAUGUACCCCCCUCGACAGUAUUACGACCCCAUCACAAAUGGCCUCCAAUUGUCACCAGAAUUCCCGAGUCCAAGGACGUUUCGGAAGAUGCAGGCAUUCGCGCUCCUUCGCUGACAGCUCCAGCUGUUGACGCGGUCCAAUUCGACGAAUCAGUUUGCGGUUCAUUUCCUUGUCGCUUUCUUCUUCCCCUUCGUAUCGCCGAGCAAGAACCGAAAGCCCAUCUGCAUCUUCAGCAACUAGCGAUUCUCGCAAGUAACUUGAAUCGCACUCUCGUUCUCCCGAAUGUGGGCAAUAAUCGCAUAGGGGCUUGCUCCAAAUGGCCGCUCGAUUCUUAUUACGACACGGACUUACUUAGCAGCGCCCUCCCUGCUAUCAGCACUUUGCCUUUCACUGUAUUUAACAAUUGGAGUGAAACGCGACCCAUCUUACCCACAAGCAGAGUCGUCUCUUUCAGCGUCAGCAAAAAUGGCAAACAAAAUUCACUGCCCGAUCCACUUACUGACGACGAUUUCAGCAUCAAUUUUAACCUCGCAGAUCACAAGGUCGCUUCCUGCCUACACACCAAGUUUCCUAGACUUCACCAAAGCUCUUCUAUAAUUUCCAUCGCGUUUUACCGCAGUCACCCAUCUAGGCCAUCGAUAAGCCAGCGUCUUAUUCAGAUUUUCUCGGGGGUUGCGGGUUCCGCGGAAUAUCUCUCAGACGAGAUCGCCGCGCUCCGGAGUUCCGAUGUGAUAGCUGUUGAGUGGGACCUGAGUCACCCAAUCUUCUCUGGGCCCAACAUAGAUUUGCAGUACUCUCAUGCUCUGGUUGAGCUUGCCGAAAGAUUAGCAAGCUUCACGGGUCCUUAUGUCGCAGUACACUGGGGACUAGAGCGCGUCCCAGUGGAAAACCUUGCGUGGUGUGCAGCAUCACUCGUCUCUACACUUCGUUCAGUGCUCGACGAUGACGACUCAGGGCCUCAAGUGGUCUGGCUCGCGACCGACUAUCACACUCUUUCAGAAGGCUCGGAACAGCCAAGCGGUGGAAAGAUUAAAAGCGCGAGAUCUGGAACUUUCCGAGCUAUUACCCCCGAACACGAGGAAGCCAUGAAUAUCCUUCAGGACGCAUUCCAGACAGGUGGUGAUCUGGAGGGAUAUCAGAUGACUGACCUGUCAUCGCAGAUAAAAAGGUUUAGAAUGUUCGAAGGGAAUGUUCAGUUUGAAGAAGAUGUCCUAGAGGACUCGGGAGUUUCAGGGAUCCUAGACAAGUUGGUGUCGAUGCAGUCUCAGGUAUUUGUGAGUGGGUCCAAAGCUUGCAGCAAGACAAGUUCCUCUUCGAAGCAAAUAGUCGACUUUCGAGAGAGCGUAAUGACGGAUAAGGAAAUAGCUCUAGACAUUCGCAACGUCGUGGAGUUAUUUGGAGAAUGGUAG